GGGUUAGGGCUUACUGGCCAGAGCAGAAAGAGGGAAGGAGACGUUGAGAGAGAGAGAGAGAGAGAGAGAGGGAAGGAGACGUUGGGUCAGAGCAGGUAGGUGCACUUUCAAUGCAGCUGCGUUUCCACCACCCUCUCCCAAAUUCGAAAUGGAUAGCCGUUGCCUGUAACAAAGUAACCUGUGACUUGAAAAACACCUAAUUCCUCUGUUACAUUUAUUGCAAUCUUACUUGAUAGAAAGUUACAGGUUGAGACUUUGUUUCCUAUAACAUUUCUCCCCCAAACACAAACUGUAAGAAAGUCACCUGUAACUUUCUUACAUUUUACACAAGUUACAGGCAUUUGUGGCGUCGUCUUCUCUCUCGAUUCCGCCUCUGGAUUGAACAAACCAACCCCAGCAAAAGCCAUGGCUGAAAUCUCAGAACCCUCCGAAUCUCCACCCGUUACGACCGAAAACGACGACAAGAACUCGUUACGAAAAACCAAACCGGGAUUGAAGCGUCUCGUUUUAACCCUUUCAGUCCUCUUCUCCUUCAUCAUAGGGUUUCCUUUUCUCCUCAAAUCUACUGAGAUCUACCGCUCUCCUCUCCCAUUUCAAUCCAUUGAUUCCCUAUCGAAUCACCUCGAAUCAAAUCCACUCUCCCUCCCAUGCCGAUUCCAGGCCGUAUUCAUUGGCUUCGAUCGCAAAAUAUCGGAGGAGCCACACGCCGAGAAACUAGGGAUUUUGAUCUCGGAAGAGAUGAGAAGAAGAACAAGGAGAAAUGUGGCGUGUGGUGGGUGCGGAACGAAUUUUACAGUUUCAGUCACGAUUGAUUCUGGGAAAGAUUGUGCCCGGAAUCGAAAUGUGGGGAACUCUUGUUUGUGGCAUUGUGGGGCAGUGGGUUUGGAUGCGAAUCUGAAGGAUGAGGAGGCUGUUGAUGAGAUUCUGGAGUUGGGUUUGAGGGGAGAUGGUGGAGACUGUUCGGAAUUCGGAGGAAAGGUAUAUAGUGUUGUGGUGAUGAAUCGAGAGGAGGAGACUACAGUUGUGGUCGGAAAGCAUCGGCACGGUUGGAUUUCUGGAAGGUUUUCAGAGAUGGAUGCUGCGGUUUCCUUGAUUGGAGAGAUUUUUGUGGAGGUUUUCAUGAAUGGUGGCAAGGGAGAAGGGGUGAUGGGGAAAGGAGGGGAAUUCAUGCCGGUUGGUGCAGAUGGAAGCGUCAUCCUUUCAUUUAGCCUUUUGAAUGCAAAUCCGAACGAUUGGGUCUAUGACUGGGAUUUCCCAAAGAUAGAUGAGAUCCUGUUAGCUCCUGUAGUUGAGGCUUUGGCACCAGUAGCAAACAUAAGUGUGGAGAGUCAGGUUUUAUACCAUACGCCAAAGUCAUCGUUUUCUUAUUGGGACGCGAAGUUGGGCAGCUAUGUCUUUAGUACCAAAGAUCUUCCUUUCUUUGUGAAUUCAAAUGAAUGGCAUUUGGAUACUUCAGUAGCUGCUGCGGGGCGAUCAAAAGUUCUGCAAUUUGUGGUAUAUAUACCAUCUGCAAAAGAGUGCCCUCUUCUGCUACGACUUUCUGAUGGAGAGAUUUCGGCAACCAAUGGAUUUGUAUCUCCAAUGUGGGGAGGUGUUAUUGUUUGGAACCCGCCAAGAUGCUCAAAGGAAGCUCAUGGCAUACGUCCUCCUAGGCAUACAUUGUCGCCUCAGGAGCUUCAGAAGGUCUUCCAGGUUUUCGUAGGGCAACUUCGGCUACUUUUAGGCCUUAGGUCUGAUAAGUUUUAUGCUGCUGAGUCUGGCAUCUAUCGCUUCUUGGCUAGUGAAAGAGGCUUUGCAGAAUGGGAAUUGGAUGCAUUAUUUCGGCACCAUACGUGUUUUAAUCUUCUUUCAUGUGCAACAACCCUUGGAUCUCUUUCCAGAUUGGUUCAAUCACUUCCAAGGAUGAUUGUCAUGGAUGAAAUAGGAAAACAGGUGAAGUUUUCACUUGAGGCUGCAACUUUAUCUCAAAGUAAUGCUUCCAGUGGAAUGUAUGAUGCUUCAGCUGUGUCCUCUCGGCGAGCAAGGGCUUUAGCAGAGGAUGCAUUUUUUCAUCCAUCCAUCAUGUCACUCAGCUACUCCUCAAUUGAGCACUACUUUGCCAUAUACAUGCCUUUCUUCGCGCCAGUCGCAUUGCACGUUCUGCUCGCAGCUAUCAAAGAACUGAAAAGAUAUAAGCAAGAGCGGGCAAAGUAUUUGGCAUGGAAUGCCCGAGCGACGACCUCCUAGUUCUCAUGCUCUGAAGUGGCGAUGUGGCCGAUAUGAGGAAGUCAUGACUCAGAGCCUCAUUGAAGAACUGAUACCAUCGAGGUGUUCAAUUAACGAGGUGAGGGCAUUUCAUUCGAAUGCAUAAACGGUAUUUUGUGCAUUUUCCAGUUUCGUGGCAGAUAUUGCGGCAUGUGGUGUACUGUGCCCAUGAUCAUGUUGGCCUUUGGGUGCUUGUUUGAUCUGGGCUACAAGGAAACAGCCCCGUGUUGAGUCCUAGCAUAUUCAGUGAACACAGAAAUGUCUGUAAAUGCAUGCUGCUAUAACAACAUUGAGAAUCGGAUAACGAAACAGAGCUGAAACAGUGGAGCAUGGUGCAAUCCUAAUCCAACCAACAUGGGGAGGAAAUAUUAUAUUCACCCCUCAGAUCUGAGGGUGUAGAUUGCAGAAUAUUGAAUGCUUGAUUACUGGGAUAUGGUUUACUUUAAAUGUAUCCCAAUGUCUAAAUUCAUAUCCUUAAAAUUCCUGAAA